UAAUUGCCCCAGUUAUGGACAUCGACGACAAAUGGAAAGAGAGAGAGAGAGAGAGAGAGAAAAAUGCAGGGGAUUAAAUAUAAAUUAAUAAAUAAAUAUAGACGGAGAAAUGUCGGCAACGUGAUCGGAACCUCCUGCCGAAGUUAAAGAUUGAAGAAAGGUUCGGCAUGCUUCUGAGCUGCAAACGUCUCGUUUUCAUGUUGGACUACUUUUGUAACACGAUCCACAAGUGCGCACUUCCACACAUAUGUUGUUUGAAAAUAACAUUUUUAUCCACAAGAGGCUUGACGCAGACGCGCCAGACACAAGGCCUCGGUUACGACCACUGCAGUGGAGGGGAAGGGGAAGGUGAAUGGGCCAACAGCGACCUCCGUGGGCAAUGAGACCGGAUGCUUCCGCUGCGCAAUAGUGGCUCAGACAAAAGGAGGGGAAGGGGCUUUAUGGCGAGGUUUAGAUCCGCCAGACAGGCUGUUAUCUACCGAAGCAAACGAGCUCAAUAGCCCCCGUGGUAAAGUUAGUGGAAAAAACACCCUGAUUUAGCUUUACAGCCCGAGAGUCAUCGCAAUAGUGGCGUGUUUUCCUCAUCCGAGGCGUUUGUUGAUGGUCUUUUCUGCACACCCCCUGUCCCCCACCCUUUCUUGUUUGAUGUCUGUUUGCCAAACAAUGUGCACCUAAUAGGUGACGGUAUACAAAUAGGUUACCGAGAUUCAGUUUGUCUUAGUGUAAUAGUUCCCCCCCCCAAUGUCUUUAAAAAAAUAUGUACACGUCCAUUUCCGUUUCUUUCAUAACAAUGCAGUUUUUGUGGAAAUGCCUGUGGCCUCGCGAGUAAAUGCAGAAAUACACACACGUGUGUGACACAUAUUCGACAUUUGCAUUUAUCGGAGUGCCUCCAAUUGUUGCUGUUGCGCAUAGAAAAUGCAACGUGAAAUGCAAUCUGUAUAUGUUGUUUUCAAAUCAUAGCUUGCAUACUUGAAAUAUUUACUGUGUCCUCCUUUGACUUAUAGCGUCAUUUAAUUCCUAAAGGAGAAAACCCGCAGCUACCAUUUGCAUAUUUUAGUCUAAGGUUACACAACGAAGCACUAGCACUAUUCGUUAAUGGUGAAAUAUGUGCACGCGAUAAUAGCGUUGCAAACGAUAAACAAGUCGAACGCAGGUUAAAGAACACUUACAAUCCGCCAUUCUGGUUGAUGUGCAAAAUAAUGAAUUCGUGUUUACUCAGUUACUACAUUAUAUUUGCGCUUUUAUUUUAUUUGAAACACACAUAUAUACGUUAGGCCUCGUUUUAACACGUGCGAAAACUAUUUAUUUUAAAUGCCUUGUUGUUUUCAAUACAAUGCAGCGGGCAAAGUCAAAACAAACAAAACACGAUUCAUUACAAUGAAUAAUAAUAAUAGUACAAAAUAUGUUCCGUAAUGUGUUUGAGUCGAACUGUACGAUGUUUAGAUGAAUUAAUUGUUUGCCAUGUUAAAGCGCACUUUGCAAAACAAAUUGUGGCGCUCACGCACGGACGUCGCUGUGUAUUUUUGCCUCACGUGCAGCUCGUGUGUGAAAUGUAAAUUCUGAAAAUGUUGUCAAAAGCAACCCUCAAUCAACGUUAAAGUUAAUAAGCAUGUUUUAUUUUCAUGCCACAACACGCGUACGCAGACAUUAUCCAAAUUGGAGGGUGGAAGUAGCCACUUCAAUUUAGUCCUGAAAUCCACGAAGUAGCUUUCCCAUGUUUAAUCUCAUUAAAUCAGAAUUUUAAAGAAUGAUAUUAGAAUUUGUAGUCGUGAAUAUUUGAAAGUCGCUCAACUAAUGCAUAUUUUUAUGAUGUGUGUUUUUAACCCAAAGUGCUGCAUGCUUUGAACUGUUUUAAACAUUGUGUUUUGGUUAGCAGGGUGCUUACGUGGCCUAUAAAAUAGCUCAUAAAAUGAGCUUCGAAAAUACCGUGUCGUUCGCAUGCAGCAAGGCUACCAUGCAGCCGCAACUAACGGACUUUGUCCGUCAUCGCGUGUUUCCAUUCACAUUUUCUCGCCUCUAUCAAAUUGUAUCCAUUUAUUAGUAUUUUCUCAACUAUGCUUGUUAUUGGGGACUGUGUGCGUAUUUAAUGAGCAGAGGGGAUUGAUUUAUGCUUUAUUGUUCAGGCUGUAUGAUCACGUGCGCGGAGCGUCCAAUAGCCUUGCGGCGUGGCUCUCACAUUACAACCCACUGUAGUUCUGUGAGGGACCAAGUUGCUACUUGAUUUCUCCACAUUGUUAUUUUGUGAGGCUGUCUUUACUGCCUGUGUAUGUGUGUGUGUGUGCUUUUUCUGUUGUUGUUGCUGUAUAUGGCUCUGCUGGCCGGCUAACUGCGUGCGUGUGAACGUGUAGUUUGCCGCUAUGUCGACAUCCGGAGCGGUGACUAGUUACUACGUCGAUUCUCUCAUUCUCCCCGAGAGCGAGGAGCUCUCCAUGCCGAGAUACCCCUCCGGGACCGGGUACCAGCACGGCAGACAGCACCCCCCAUCCAUCAGUGAGCACGGCGAGCUCGGACCUUGCACCUUCACGUCCAAGCCCGCCGUGUUCGGCCCGUCUUGGAGCCACGUCCCGGCUCAGUUCCCGGGCGGCGUUUCCUCUGUGUACCACCACCCCUAUGGGCACCCACAAGGCCCGGUCGGGGCCGAAUCAGACGCCCGCUACCAGUCGUGGCUCCUGGAACCCAUGUCCGGGUCCCUGCCCAUGAGCGGAUUACAGGCGUCGCACCAUUACGGAAUCAAACCCGAAGCUGCCGGUUCGCACACGGCGCUGCUGCUCUCUGACUACAGCAACGGCUCGGUGCCGUCAGUCCCGGAGAAAGAGGCGGUCGCCGGCCGGGGAGUCGACGUGACCGGGGAGGUUGAAGAGAAACCCAUCCUGGAUCCCAAUAACCCCGUGUCCAACUGGCUCCACGCGAGUGCCACGAGAAAAAAGCGCUGUCCGUACACAAAGCAUCAAAUCCUGGAGCUGGAGAAAGAAUUCCUCUUUAACACCUACCUAACCAGGGACCGUAGGUACGAGGUGGCGAGGCUGCUGAACCUCACGGAGAGACAGGUUAAAAUCUGGUUCCAAAACCGCCGGAUGAAGAUGAAGAAGUUUAACAAAGAUGGCGCAUCUAAAGAUGAGUGACUGAUGAGUCAAGGAGAAUCACAUUGAGGCCAAUGGCGAGUAUUUUUUUUUUCCAUGCGGCUCUGCUGGAGCUUCUGGAAAAACUCGUUUUAGUGUUCCAUAUAUCAGAACCUAUUGGGCUUUAUCGUCUUGUACAAAAAAAAAGCAUGUUAGGCUCUCGCGUUGAAGCAACUACCUUUUUUUAUAUUGCACAAUUUUAACAGUGCCCCCUUUUUGUUAGUUGUCCUUUUCAUAUGGCGUUUUUUUUUUUUUUUUUAUUAGUAUCUCGUUAAAGUGAAUUAAUUGGCUUGUGCUUGUUUGGAUGUUUCCAGCAAUGUGUUCUCUGUUGUCUAUUUCACAGUCACCUGAGCUAGUUUGUAAAAUGUGUUGGAUUUUGUUGUUAAUUGUUUAUCUCUUAUUGCUAGAAUUAUGACUGAGUUUAUUCUGAAGGUUAUAGUAGAGAAAAGAAUGUAGGUGUUACAUCUCAGAAACGUCCUAAAGUAUUAGAAUAACACAGAAGCUCUAUGUUACAUGACUGACUACCUAUAUGUGUUUAUCAACUACCUACAAUAACAUAUUUUUCCGCAAAUUAUUGUAGAAUUUAUGGAUUGGUUAGAUAAACCCGAAUUUUAGGAUUUUGUUUUGUUUUCGGGAAAGCAUUGUUUAGUGAGAAAUCAAAUAACACACUGUAGGUUAAAAUUGAUUACCUCUCGGUCAGCCGACCGUCUGAAUUUUGGUUCUCAAAUGUAAUUUGUACUUUAUUUAUUAAAAUAAAACAAAUUAUCUGCACAAAUUGA